UAUAUUACGGUACGGCGUUGUCGCGUGGACAGGAUAUUCCCGUGAUCCUCUGCACCAUCCCUUUCUCUUCCGGUUGUGUUCCGCGGACAGAAGAAGAUGGCAAAGUCCAAGAACCAUACCACCCACAACCAAUCUCGUAAAGCGCACAGAAACGGCAUCAAGAAGCCACGAACACACAGAUGCGAGUCAAUGAAGGGGGUUGAUCCAAAAUUCUUGAGGAACUUGCGUUUUGCCAAGAAGCAUAACAAGAGGGGUUUAAAGAAAAUGAAGGCAAAUGCAAUUGCCAACAGAAUGAAAGAAAAUAAAGAGGUGCCAGCUGCCCCAUUGCCAUAGACGAGAGCAACAGUCUUUGAGAAUUCUUGAUGACUUCUUAAUCACGUCUUGUUUCCAGUUUCAUACUGGCUUUGACUGGUUGGGGAUAUUUUUGUAAAUUAAUAAAUCCAGUUUGUUGAA